GCUUAGUGCGUCUCUUAUUCGGCUACAUAAGCUGGGCGUUCCCUGACUUUUUUUGCAUCCUCGACAGCCACCUCGCCCACCUUUAAUUGUCGUUCACGAGCAGAAGCAGCCCCAGGUGGACUACUCGCUUAUACUUUCACUCUUUAAUCACAACACUACUAUAACAAUGGGUGGAGGUCCUGGAGGAAAUGGUGCGGGUGUCGAAUCAAAGUCCCUCUUCUGGGCAAUUAUCAUGUCUGCUUUUGCCGCAUUCGGCGGCAUUCUAUUCGGCUACGACACCGGCACCAUCGGUGGUGUCAUCGCCAUGAGCGAUUGGGUGGAGACAUUCGGAAAAUAUGACUCUUCUAUAGGAUGGUACCUGCCAACGAACGACAGCAGUUUAGUCGUUUCGAUUUUGUCUGCGGGCACUUUCUUCGGGGCUCUUCUCUCGUAUCCUGUGGGUGACAUGGUUGGGAGGAAGUGGGGCAUUGUGUCGGCUUGUGGAAUUUUUGUGCUUGGUGUUGGCUUGCAGAUGGACACCAAAUGGGCGACGUUCAUUGUUGGGCGAGUCAUUGCCGGUCUCGGUGUGGGGAUUGUAUCGUGUCUCGUGCCUAUGUAUCAAUCAGAGUGUGCACCCAAAAGUAUUCGUGGCCUCAUUGUUGGUCUCUACCAACUAGCCAUCACCCUCGGUGCUCUGCUGGCCGCCAUCGUCCUGAACUCCACAAAAGACAGGAGUAACCACUCUUCAUGGCGAACUCCCAUCGCCGUGCAAUUUGCGUGGGCAGCUAUCCUAACCUUCGGAAUGAUCUGUCUCCCAGAAAGUCCCCGCUACCUCCUCCUGAAAGGCCGAACAGACGCCGCCCGCGUUGCCCUUGGUCGUCUGAUGACACUACCCGCCGAUGCAGAAGAGGUCGAUAAAGAGUGCAGGGAGAUCUCGGACGCACUGGCCAUUGAGAUGGCUCAUAGCUCAGGCUCAUACAGGGACUGUUUCAGGAAUAACGAGGAUCGUAAUGGGUUCCGUACGUGGACUGGGAUUAUGUUGCAGGGGUGGCAGCAGUUGACGGGGAUAAACUUUAUCUUUUACUAUGGCACGACUUUCUUCAAGGCAUCGGGGAUUUCGAAUCCGUUCAUCAUAACAAUCAUCGCGGACGUCGUCAACACUGCUAUGACCAUCGUCGGCGUGCAGCUCAUUGACAGACUCGGUCGUCGUAGGCUAUUGCUCAUCGGUGCUGCUGGGAUGUGUUUCUGCGAGUUCAUCGUCGCCAUUGUCGGUGUCACUGCAGACGGCUCUGUGAACUUGGCUGCUCAACGUGUGCUAAUCGCAUUUGUUUGCGUGUACAUCGCCUUCUUUGAGACGUCCUGGGGCCCAGUCGGAUGGGUCGUCACUGGCGAGAUCUUUCCCCUCUCUGUCCGCGCAAAGAGCAUGAGUUUAGCGGUGGCUAGUAAUUGGCUUUGGAACUUUGGUAUCGGAUACGCUACGCCCUACCUGGUGAACAAAUCAACAACGGGCACUGCGAAUCUGGGGGUCAAGGUCUUUUUCAUAUGGGGAGGCACCUGUGUUGGGUGUUUCAUUUUUGCGUACUUUUUCGUGCCCGAAACACGGGGUUUGUCAUUGGAGCAGAUUGAUAGGAUGUAUCGAGAGUCAAGCAGUAUGUUUCUGGUCUUUUUCUGGGUUCUAUCAUUCUCUGACCUGGUCUCCCCCGCUUGCAUAGUCGUCGCCUCAGAAGCGUUCAACAGGAAGCUUCUGAAGGAGAAUGGAGAGGUUGCUGAUGUUAGUACACCUUCCAGUGAAUCAGUACGUCUUUUCUCUUCUACCUUUUAUGUUUUUGUAUGCCAUGUGCUGAUGGGCUGA